AGGAAGAUUUUCAAUGUGCGACAAUAGAAUUUAAAUUGUUACUAUUGGUUCCUCAUUAAAAUAUAUUGUAAAACAUUAAAGUUAGACUUUAAGUUCUAUCUAGUAUGCUAAAGAAGAGUCUAACAAAAUAAUUUCUCCACAUAGAUUACUCUCUCUCUAAAGGUAUCCAAUUUCGGUGAUAGUUAUAAACUCACUCUUUUGACAAAUGUUUAUAAAGCCAUCGUAGCCAUAUUGAUUUUUUGAUAUGAAACGAGGGAAGGUAUGGUUGGUAUAUUCUGAAAUGUAUUUAAAUGUUUUUAUAAGAAAUUGUUUAUCAAGUGUGUGAUGCAAUUAAUGAAAUGUUAGCGCUCAUUGAAAACGUGUAUUUUAUUAAAAUAAAAAUAUCAGGGCAAGCUACCAGCCGCAUUCGCGCAAUGUGUGAGCUGAUGCGGUUAGGUUAUGUUGUAUUAAAUGUUUCUGCUUAAAUGACCAUAUCUACGAACUUGUCAUGAUAAAAUAUAUCGUAGGUAUCAGCAAAUAACUCGAAUGAUUAACGAAAUGGAGUCUUCUAUCGUCAGUGACAUGACCUAAGUUAUGACUUAGAAAUACAGAAUUCUGUAUUUAUUGGAUAUUAUAAGAUACACUUAUUUAACUGUAUUUCUUAUAUCAUAUUGCCAUCCCCUUAUGUAUUAUACAAUGAGCAGCUGGACAGAAAGAAUGCAUCGUCGAGCAGCUACACUGGGUAAUGUGGUUACAAGUUGUGGACAUACAUCUGUACCACCGUAUCCAAGACGUUUAGAAAAAGUUAAGUUCGGAGUACCCUUGGAUGAAGUUUGUAAACAUGAUAUACCCGGCCCAUUAUUGGUACUGAUAUUGAAAUUAAAUAAAGAAGCACCAUUAAGGAAGGAUAUUUUUAGAGCGCCAGGCCAUCAGGGUAAUAUGAAAAAGCUCAUACAUUUUCUACAGACUGGACGUUUAGUCAAUAUGGACAACUUUAGUGUUUACACGAUAGCCAGUGUUUUAAAGAAAUUUUUGCGCAAAAUACCUGGCGGUGUUUUUGGAAAGGAAGGGGAACAACAAUUAUUCACUGUUAUUCAAUUGGACAGCAUGGAACAACAAAGAGAUCAAAUUCAUAGAUUAAUUACUUCUUUACCAGAGUAUACGCAACGUUUGUUAGUAUUAUUAUUUGGAACAUUUAGAGUUGUAGCAGUAAAUAGUGAAAGAGCUUGCACAGGAAUGUCUAGUGAAGCAUUGGGUGUGUCUGUAGCCCCUUCAUUCUUCCAGAGCUGUGUCAGCGAUGGAAAAACUGCUAAAAUGGAAGACGUUCUCAGAUUUAAGGCGGAGGUCUCAGUUGCCACAUGCGUUAUGAAAUUUAUGAUAGAUAAUUUUGGAGUAUCUAAUUUAUUCGGAAGAGAAAACUAUGAAUUUUAUGCGCGCAUUACUGGAAGAAUAUUAAAAGUAGAAGAGGAUUGGAUUUUCAGUUUUCGAUAUCCUCCGGAUACUCUAGUAUCUAUGCACACUGGGCUCUUACAGUUGGAUAUAUUUCAGGACAACUCUCUCUUGAAGCUGAAAAGACUUGGCUGCAAUAUGAAUGUGAAAGCUAUGUCACAUCAGGAGGAAUCGCAGUCAACACCAGCCUUAAUUCAUGUACCACAAACUCUCGAUCUUACAUCUUCAUUAGGCAUAAUUCCUGAAAAUACAUUAUUAGAAAGUUAUACACGUUUGUCAGUUAGCUUGGAAGAAAAUGGUUUAUUUCAGGCAUCCAGUCGAUCUUCAAGUAAUGGUAGUCAUCAUUCUCGACACGCAGGAAUGACACUAGAUGAACUUCGAGCAAUCAAUCGUUAUGCAGAAAGUACUAAAAGCCUUAGUUAUUUACCACAGGUACAUGAGAGACAAACAGCACGUAUGCGUACAAGAUCAGAAUGGUUUUUAACACCUGUAGGAGAAAUAUUAGCUGCUACUGAUAGUGAUCCUACGGCAAUGCAUGUGCUUCGUGGUUCAAAUCGAUCAUCAUCUGGAAACAUUGCAGGAGGUUUAAGUGCUAGUGCUGAAUCAGUUAAACGUCCAAGUUUACGAAGAACAUCAUCAAGAGAUAAAACACGUAUACAUCGUAGUUCAACUCGUAGAAAUAAGGAAAAUGGGGCUAAGGGACGUUCCAUUGAUGCAUGUAAGUCACGAUCUAUGGAAACUAUUAAAACUAAAACUGUCAGAGUCGCAAUAGAUCAACCAGUGGAAAAAAUGUUGAAAAGUAGCCGAGAUGUAAUAAAAGAAUUCGGAAAUGAGGAACGUAUAGAAGUAAAUACUAGCGAUGUUCCCAUUGGACCACAAGAUUGCACUGAAAUGGAUGUACAAAGUUUUCACGUUACGUUAACGUACAAGCCAAGAAUAUAGAUAUUUGGAAAACUUAUAAAGCACU